CAUCUUAGUUUACACAAUCAUGUACAUGUAAAAAAUGCGACUUUGGGAAUUUUGGUUAAUGCACUGCUAAGAACAGUUUAAGGGUGUACAAAGUAUGUUAGGCCAUUGCAAGUUUUUUCUUUGUUUAGCGUCCACCCAAAACUCAAAAACCUGUCUUUCUAUCAGGAAAAAAACCCACAAACCCAACUAAAGGUUCAACAAAAUAAAAUUUGAUAUAUAUUUUGAAGUAUUUUCUUCAUUUUGUAACAAAAAUAACAAAUACCUACUAUAUGAUUUCCAUUUUAAAUGUUUUUAUAUUUGAUUUCUGAUCCAGAUUUAAAAAUGCGAUUCUGAGCCCGACAUAUGAAAAAGCGAUCUAAUUUUAUGAACAACAAUUGUGUUUUUUACAUCUCAAAACCAAUCCGUCCGCGGACGCUAAACAUAGAAAAAAAACUUGGAAUGGCCUUACUUAAAAGACAUGAAGAUUUGUAUAGAAGUAGAAUUGGUUAGAAUGUGAUACCCAAUUAACCUUUAAUUUUUUCAUUCAAAUGAACGAUUUGCUCUUUAUAGUUGGUUCAUAUAAGUGCAACAAAAUGGUUCAAAGUGUAUGAAAAAACCCAAUCGUUUCAUGGGGAAUACACAAACAAUAAAAAUUAAGGGAAAACAACGAAAUGGGAUACAUCAGGCUCCAGGAUCAUGAAGCAAUUUUAGUUUUAAGUGAAAAAUUGUACACUAUCUUAAUAUUUCCUGAUUGAAAAACACUAACAAAACUGAAAUGCCAUUAAAAGAGGGCUGAUAUAACGUUGUUAAUUAAUAAUAAUAAACGUCAUUUUAUGAUAAACAAUCAUUUUAUAACUACCUGAAAUUUUGAUUUAAGUCUGAAAUUGCUUCAUGAUCCCGAAGCUAGUUCUAAAACAUAUAAUUGUGACGUUAUUUGGCAAAGGACCCUCGAUAAACGUAAAAGUAACGUCACAAUUAAACAGGUCUGGAUUGUUACGUCAUAAACACGCCGUAACGAAGGCAUUGCUGCAUUGUUAGCUGUACACAGAGGUAUGUUGAUGAAAUUCUCUCAUCUGUUUAAACAAUAAUUGACAUUUUUAGUGUAAAUGAUAGAAAAGAUGCAUAAUAUUUUGUGAAGUGAAUGUAAUUUGAUUGAAUAAGAUGUCGUUUUCAGCUUAAUAAUUGGUCCAAUUACUUGAUUAGAUUGUUUUGGGGAGACUUUUUAAAGAUGGCUGAGAUUGGUUCCGAUGAAUUUCCAUUCCGAUUGGAAAUGUUUAUAAAGAACAACGGAGAAAUUAACGUGAGGGCGUUAAUGGCUGCUGAUCUGGGGGACUUCACCCCCGAAGAUCUCCUGUACGAAUUCUACACGCGGACUUCUGCUGAGAUUGCCGACAUGAAAAGAGACAGAAGACGACUAGAAGCAGAAAUCCCGCAGGCGACCAGGGGCAUCUUGAUGAAGCGUAAGGAAUGUGCAAUUGUUCAAUCAAACAUCACCAAAUUGAAAGCAGAAUUCACCGAUCUGAAUGAACGUAAUAAGUUGUUGAAAGAGAUCAUGAGGCUAAAUCUGUCCCUGAAACCACGAUUGGCCACGCAGAAUCCCACAGAGCUCGGCGGCUGUGCCACACUACCAGAUAUACACCGGAGGGGAGCCCAAGUCCUCAGGGUCCAUGACUCACAGAAUCCCCGAGGUCAGAGGCAGCCUUCCCUCUGGGCCAGGGACUCUCGCAGUACACCGAGUCUUCCGUCCAUAGACAAGGCUAGACAGCGACCAGUACCAAGCUAUGCCCAGGAACCAGCUGGCCUCUGUGGUCAAAGAGGAACAAAAGCAAGCCAUUUGACCAAUGAAUACAAGCGGGUCAAAAGCUUAACAAAUACCAUAGAGAGAAAACGACAGUGUUCUCAAAGGAAGAAAGAUGCUUCUCUGUCCAACCUCAGGAGGCGAAACGUACCGCUAGGAGGCGGUAGAUCCCAGAAUGCCAUGCAUUGAUCGAAUAAUGUGUAAUGGUUGGAUGUAGAUGUCUUUUUCCUAUGCACUUCCACUCUAAUUUAAACUAUCCAUUUCGUCUGGUUUUGCUCCUUUUUGUAAUUGCCAAUUCUGAUUUGUGUUAGUCAUUAAAUGUAAAUGAACAGUGUGUAUUUAUAACUUCGAUUCCUUCACCUUGCAUUUACUUACAUGGUAUUUUAGAUUUUAUCGCAAGUAACAAAGAGAUGUAAGGUUUACCCAGGUAGGCUGCCAGAGCAAUAAAAGGGCGGUCAAUUGGUUUCGGGUCUGUUGUAUAGCUUAUUUUAAACACUUAACUGAACAUCCGACGUCUGUGGUAAAUCAUACGCAGGCAUUGUAUUUUCUACUUUUUACCACAGGGGCCAAGCCCGUUUUAACAUUAAUUUCAAUGUAACCAUCUUUAUUUAUGGUUACAUUGAAAUUAAUGUUAAAACGGGCUUGGUCCCUGUGC